AUGAGCGGGAGUCCGACAAGCUGGGCUGUUUUCCGACGUCUACUUUCGACAGUUUCUCCUAUCAAAGGUUAGUAAGUGCGCCAAGGAAAAAAUAGAAUAGCACACGAACCUCUCGUAAGUGCAGCGACGACCCUCACUGACCCGCGUUCUUUUUUAAUGACUGAUAUAUAUAUAUUUUUAUAUUUAGUCUAACUAAGUGCCAUUAUUGUACCUACAACCAAUUUAAAUUGCGGGCCUACAGUAAAGCUUCAAACCUCGUAAACGCGGGCGGAUAUUCCUUGACAUUCGACAACCUCGGAAACUUUUUUGAUAAACAGACGGACCUUUUCUGGUUAAGUCUAUAUGGGAGUAACAGCUCGAAUAAAACCUGAUUUGCUUCAAUUAAUUGCGAUAACGUCUGUAAAAUUACGCCUUGAACAAGCAAACAUUAGAACAAGCAAGGUAGUCCUUAAUUUAAUAUCCAAAUUUGAAGGCUUCCGGUUUUACUCAGUUCGUUAAGUGACCGAGAAAAUUUUGUCUCAGAUGACGCAUUGCGUCCAUUGUAAACAAAGUAAUUUUAUGAUUUAUUGAUCAUGAGGUUAUCUAGGCUUCAGAGAGUGUCCAACAGGGCUUUUUUUCCCAAGCAAUUCAGGGUUAAAUCUUUACAAUACAAUACUAAACAGAAAAUACUCCUCACGUAACACAAAACUUAAACGGUUUCGGUUUCCGAGAAAUUACGCUGCUCGAGUGGUUUCUUGGAAAGCUUCCAAGCCUUUUUCAAAAACACCAUAAUACUUUUUGUCCGCCCUCUAAAAUUUUGCAUCCGUAGACACCACUAAAAAAGGAUGCCUUAAAAAAUGAGUAAAAUUGCCAGUCUUUAGCGAGCAAAGAUCUCCCCAACAGGGGCGGAUCCAGGAUUUUUCUUAGGAGGGGGUGCACCACUAACUGACUGAUGACGUAAAAAAUUUUAAAAGCGAAUACGAAGAAGAGGGCUUUUGACAAGGAAAUAACAUUAUGUGAACUGCUGAGAAUACAUCUCAAACGAUAGAGCAGAUUGUGUAUGUCUGUCAAGCGACUGCACAGUGUUAAUUAGAAAGCGGCCGCAGGUCAUCCCAGGGGGGGGGGGUGCGCACCCCCUGAAGGUCAUCCCAGGGGGGGGGGGGGUGCGCACCCCCUGCACCCUCCCCCUGGAUCCGCCCCUGCCCAAGUUGCAAUAAUUUACAGACGUUUGUAUGUUGGGGAGCACAAACUUGCAAAAUUUCGCGACUUUGAGGAGCUGUAUCUUCAUUACUUUUUAACAAAUCACUUUCAAACUUAGCAUUUUAACUGAUUUUAAGGCGCUACUUUUCAGUGGUGUCGAUGGAUUUUCCCGAACUUGUCCAUAACAAAGUUGAAAAAACCGUGAAAAGGUGUAUUACUCUUAGGACUAGCAACUGUCCCAAGAGAAAUUGAAAAUGCAAAUUUUUGGAUAGACAACGAACAAAGAGUACUAUGAUAUUUUGAUAUUAUUAUACUUUCAUCUCAUGUUUUAUUUUUUUCAGAUAUUCUUUGACAACGAGAUUUUCCUUUCUUUUAUUUUAUAAAAUAUGCAUUGCGGGUCUGAAGAACGGCCGAAACAAAAGCCUCGCGCUGCGGAGGGUUUUUUCUUUUGCAUCGGUAAACUCUCCCUAUCCUUCGCAGUUCUGAACUCAGCUAAGUAAGGAAAUUGAAGAGCAUGGAAUUGGAAAUGUUCUAUCCUCAUAAACUAUUUGAAUGCUUCUGUAAACUGCAUUACCGUCGGUUGCCUCUAAAUAAGUAUGUACACGUGAGGAAAAAACACGUUAUAAUUCGGGUUGCAAACAUGACAUGUUUUGCCGUCAAACAUUCAAAGUUUGGAGUAGGCGGCUGUUGUAGACUGUUGUACACUCAGCAAAAUAUUCUUGUUAAGAAUUUUUAGAUGAUAAGAAUAAUUUCUGGAGGCAAGCGUGCUAUUUCUGAGCGAGAAAUAUGCCCGAAAGUUGAGAAAAGUAAAAUAUGAGCGGAUUGCGUUGAUCAAAAACAUAUAAACAACUUCCCGUUUGGCGGGACAGUUUGCCUUAACGGCAACGAUUAUUCCUUGGCUCGGUCGAGAUAGAUCCUGGGAGAUAGAUAUGCCGGUGCUUACCACUCCUCAUGAAAGUGUUGAGUAAAUUGCCUUCAUCUUAGGCUAAUUAUUGUUAAUUAUUUUGGGAUUUUAAUUUUGUUUGAUGGUAUUAUUUCCAAUUUUAAUUUUUUUUUUAUCCCUGAAUAUACUUUUAGUCGACCCUAGAUCAAGAGCUCCAAAACGACUGCACCGGAAACACUAGGCGUUCAUGAGAGUCCAUCGGCGCCGCACUCUUCAGAACCUCUUUCGGUUCUAUUUCAUUUUUCUGUUGUUUGCCAUUUUCAUGUGUAUUUCACUUCAUUUAUUCACAAUUAUUUCCUUUUAAUGUCUUAACAUUUUUGUAUCAAGAGCACAAUAAAAAUUGUUGUUGUUGUUCAUUAUUGACAUUCUUCUUUUUCUCUUGAUUCAUAACCAGGAGAGGACAAGGGAAGCAAAAGCGACUGGUGCCUAAGUGACUACAAGUUUGGUAUAGUUGUAGGAGUAGGAGCUGUGGUCGCAGCUCCUUUUGCUCUCGGUGCUGCAGGAUUUACCGCUACAGGCGUAGCAGCGGGUUCGACCGCUGCAGCUGUCCAAUCCACCGUGUACGGAGCAUCAGUUGGUUCUGGUUCUGUUUUCGCAGUCCUCCAGAGUGCCGGAGCCGCCGGAAUUGGUGGGGCGGCAAAAGUGGCCAUAGGUACCACUGUUGGGGCAGCGGCGACAUAUUUGAAAAGCAAGCUCUACCCAUGUAACUAG